AUGCUGGACCUGGUGCUCCUGGAGCAGUUCCUGACUGUCCUUCCACCAGAGAUGGCGAAAUGGGUGCGCGAGUGUGGAGCGGAAACCAGUUCCCAGGCGGUGGCCCUGGCCGAAGGCUUCUUGCUGAACGUGGAUGUGGAAAAGAUGCAAGAAGAGUUCCAGAAAUCCUCGGAAGCCGCGACUCAGUAUCCCAAGGGGGGGAAAGAUUCAUCCAAACCCUCUCAAGAGCUGCUGUUCGGGGAGAACUUCCAGAAAGGUCAAAGUCAGGACAUCACGCCAGAGAGUAGAAAGCUGUCCGUGGAACUUGUAGACUCACCUCCUCUUUGUGGUGGAGCUGAAGGAUUGGCUGAACCUCUACUUCAGGAUGUUGUGUCUUUUGAGGAAGUGGCUGUGUAUUUCUCCAAGGAGGAGUGGUCUCAGCUGGUCCCUGCCCAAAAAGCUCUCCACGGAGAAGUCAUGCUGGAGAAUUCCAGGAAUCUGGCUUCUCUGGGCUUUAAAGGGCAAGAAAAUAAGAAUUGCAAGGAAGAAUGCCAAAUGAUCCAUUCAAAAGAGGGAAAAGGGAAGUUUCCAGAUCAGAUACAGCCAAAGAGGGAUGAAACAAAGCAAUCACAAAGUGGAAUGAAAAAAGGCUUUCCGAGGGUCAGUUGGCGUCAUAACCAUACAAGCAUUGAUAUGGGAGAAGAACCAUAUAAAUGCAUGGAGUGUGGAAAGAGCUUUAAGAAAUCUGAUCAUCUUAUUUCCCAUAAAAAAACACAUUUAGAAGAGAAACCAUAUAACUCCAGGGAGUGUGGAAAGACCUGUAAUUAUUACUCUCUUAGAAGUCAUGAAAGAAAUCACAAAGAAAAAAGACCUUAUAAAUGCAUGGAGUGUGGAAAGACCUUUACUUGUAGCAGUAGCCUCAAUUCCCAUAAGAGUAUCCACACAGGAGAGAAGCCAUAUCAAUGCCUAGAAUGUGGAAAGACCUUCUCUUAUGAUUACUCUCUUGUAAUCCAUCAUAGGAACCACAAGGAAGAAAGAUCUUAUAAAUGCAUAGAGUGCGGAAAGACCUUUACUUGCAGCAGUAGCCUCAAUUACCAUAAGAAGAUCCACACUGGAGAGAAGCCAUAUCAAUGCAUGGAAUGUGGAAAGACCUUAUCUAAUAAUUACUCUCUGAUAAUCCAUCAUAGGAAUCACAAGGGAGAAAGAUCUUAUAAAUGCAUGGAGUGCGGAAAAACCUUUACUUGUAGCAGUAGUCUCAAUUCCCAUAAGAGGAUCCACACCGGAGAAAAGCCGUAUCAAUGCAUGGAAUGUGGAAAGACCUUCUCUUAUAAUCAUUCUCUUACAAUCCAUUACAGGAAUCACAAAGGGAAAAGACCUUAUAAAUGCAUGGAGUGCGAAAAGACCUUUAGUUGUAGCAGUCAUCUUCAUUACCAUAUGAGGAUCCAUACAGGAGAGAAGCCAUAUCAAUGCAUGGAGUGUGGAAAGACCUUUACUUGUAGCAGUAGUCUCAAUUACCAUAAGAUGAUCCACACUGGAGAGAAGCCAUAUCAAUGCAUGGAGUGUGGAAAGACCUUUACUUGUAGCAGUCGUCUCAAUUACCAUAAGAGGAUCCACACUGGAGAGAAGCCAUAUGAAUGCGUGGAAUGUGGAAAAACCUUUACUUCUACUCAUCAUCUUAAUUCCCAUAAGAUGUUCCACACUGGAGAGAAGCCAUAUCAGUGUGUGGAGUGUGGAAAGACCUUUACUUGUAGCAGUAGUCUUAAUUCCCACAAGAGGAUCCACACAGGAGAGAUGCCGUAUAAAUGUGUGGAAUGUGGAAAGGGCUUUAGGUGGAAUUCUGCUCUUACCUCCCACAAAAGAAUCCACACAGGGGAGAAGCCAUAUCAAUGCAUGGAGUGUGGAAAGAUCUUCUCUUAUAAUCAUUCUCUUAUAAUCCACUAUAGGAAUCACAAAGGAGAAAGACCUUAUAAAUGCAUGGAGUGUGGAAAGACCUUUAAUUGUAGCAGUAGUUUCAAUUCCCACAAGAGAAUCCACACAGAAGAGAAGCCAUAUCAAUGCAUGGAGUGUGGGAAGAGCUUUAAGUGGAAUUCUGCUCUUACCUCCCACAAAAGAAUCCACACAGGGGAGAAGCCAUAUCAAUGCAUGGAGUGUGGGAAGAAGUUUGCCAGGAGUCACACUCUUUCUUGGCAUAGAAGGAUCCAUACACGGGAGGAACCCUAUCAAUAAAAGAAGUGUGAGAAGAGCUUUGAAAAUAAUCGCUCUCUUAGAAGUCAUGAAAGGACUCACAAAAGAGAAAGACCAUAUCAAUGUAUUGAGUGUGGAAAGACCUUUACUUGUAGCAGUAGUCUUAAUUACCACAACAGGGUCCACACAGGAGAGAAACCAUAUCAAUGCACAAAGUGUGGAAAGAAUUUUAGGAGCAGUAAUAAUCUUGCCUCCCACAAGAGCAUUCACACAGGAGAGAAGCCAUAUCAAUGCACGGAGUGUGGAAAGACCUUCUGUUAUUAUAACUCUCUUAUAAGACAUGAAAGGAAUCACACAGGAGAAAGACCUUAUAAAUGCUUGGACUGUGGAAAGACCUUUAUUCGUAGCACUAGUCUUAAUUCCCACAAGAGGGUCCACAUAGGAGAGAAGCCAUAUAAAUGUAUGGAAUGUGGAAAGGACUUUAGGUGGAAUUCUGCUCUUAUCACCCAUAAAAGGAUCCACACAGGAGAAAGACCAUAUGAAUGCACAGAGUGUGGAAAGACCUUUAUUUGUAGCAGUAGUCUUAAUUCGCACAAGAGAAGCCACACUGGAGAGAAGCCACAUCAAUGCAUGGAGUGUGGGAAGAGCUUUGCCAGGAGUUGCACUCUUACUCGUCAUAGAAAGAGCCACACUCAGGAGAAACUAUAUCAAUAAAGGAAGUGUUUGAAGGAAAAA